AUGGAGUUGAAAAAGGCUGGUGAGGAGCGGGGAGAAAAUUAUGGAAGGUUAAAAGCUCUAAAAACCCAGGCAGAUUUGAUCGCGCGCAAAAAGGCAAUCAAGAGAAAGAAGAAGCCAGACAGAGGCUUUUGUGAUUACGAAGCAAUGACUUUACGUCAGUAUCAAAGAUUGUCUGGAAAUAUUAAACCUGACAUAAAAGCUUAUGAAAAAAUGAGAGAAGUUAUAGAAAAGAAACACGAUCAAUACCAUCGUCGGCGAAUGUUCGAUCCAGAUUCACCAAUUGAUUAUAUUAGUGGAAGGAACCGUAAAUUCAGUCAAAAGUUGGAUCGUUUUUACGAUAGGUAUACAGAAGAUCUUAAGAGUGAUCUUGAAAGAAGAACUGCUAUAUUAAAAAGUUUUAAAAAGUUUUUUCAAUUCUGUUAA